UCUCUCUCUCUCUCUCUCUCUCCCCCCUCCCUCUCCCUCCCUCUCUCCAUCCUCUUCUUCAGCAGAACAAGUCCUGGUACUGGUUUGGGGGGUUUCUGGGUUUUUUUCCUUCUCUUUCUGCGUCUGGUUCUCCUUUCUGGACCUGGAUGCUCAGAUCUGGAUUCGGUCAUGGCUGUAAAUCUGGGGAAGAACAGACUGACGGUGCUCUCGGCGUAUCAGGACGUCAUCGACGAGAGCUGCGAUACCGACUGGGCCUUGUUCACGUACGAGGAGGACAGUGAUGCUCUGACCCUGGCAGCGUCUGGAGGGGGGGGUCUGCCUGAGAUCACAUUGACCUUCGACAGCAGCAGAGUGAUGUACGGUUUCUGCAGCAUCAAAGAACCCAGCGCCGCUCUGCCGCGAUACAUCCUCAUCAACUGGGUGGGGGAUGACGUGCCAGAUGCCAGGAAAUGUGCCUGCGCCAGCCACGUGGCCACCAUCGCAGAAUUCUUCCAGGGCGUGGAGGUGAUCGUCAACGCCAGCAGCGUGGACGACAUCGAACCUUCCGCUGUGGGACAGAGGCUGACCAAUGGGACGGCAGCUGUGGCCAGUCCAGUCCUGAGUCGGCUGAAAACAAGGGAGGAAGAGCAUGGAGACGUGGGAACCGUUUACCAGAAGACGAAUGCAGAGGUGGAGAUGAAGAAGAUCAACAGAGAGGAAUUCUGGGAACAGGCCAAGAAAGAGGAGGAGCUGAGGAAGGAGGAGGAGCGAAAGAAAGCAGCUGAGGAGCGCCAGCGCUACGAGGAGGAGCGAAUGGAGCUGGAGAGGCAGGAGCAGGAGAACCGAGAGAAGAGAUACAGAGAGAGGGAGCGUCAGAUCGAGGAGCACAGGAAGAAGCUUCAGGAGGAGGAAGAGGCCACGGAGCAGUCGAAGAACCAGAUGACGUUAGUGACGGAGCCAAGUCUGGAAGAUCAGGGUGUGGAGAAGAAGGAGUCAGAGGUGGAGGAAGCCAAGGCCAUCAUCGCCCAGCGCUCGGGGAACCCUCGAGAGUUCUUCAAGCAGAAGGAGCGAGCGCUGACCGUCAGUGUGGACACGUCGCCCGUCUCUGUCCACAGGGCCGGUCGCCUGGACAGCCCAUUUCUGAAGCAGCAACACAGUCAGAGCCCCCCGCCCCCCCGCACGCCGCCGCCGCCGUCACACACACAGACGCAGCAGGCUGUGGUUACAGCCGGUGGCGAUGUUGUGGAUGUUGAUGAUGACCGCUGUGAUGACCGCUGUGGCGCUGCUGGGUCCGUCGUUCCCACAAUUCACGUCACCGCGUCCAUCAAAAACGAUUUGGGCCAAGAGGAUGACGGACAGGUCGCCUUUGAUCUAAGUCCUAAACCGGAGCACGAGGCUGCGGCCCAGGAGGCCACACCCUCCAAACCGGUGCACAGUGUCGCCCCCCGGGGUCGGGACUCGGCGUGGGAUUCUGGGACAGACAAGCCGGUGGACCUGUGGGACAGCAGCUCGGCUCCACCCACCAACUCCCUGAUUGGUGAUGCCAAUGACGUCCUGCGUAGCUCCGCCCUCAAUGCUGCCUCGGCUACCGCCCCCGGUGGUCGACCUCAGCCGCUGCUUAGCUUCGACGACACCGUGGAUGGAUCGUUCUGCUCCAGCGGGGGUGCGGAGGACGAGCCGUCCAGUCUGGUGGACGUGACGGGUUCAGAUCACAUGACCCUCAGCUACCAGCAUGCACUGCAGCAUGCAGCGGGAGAGGGGGCGGAGCUUGAGGAUGGAGAUCAGUUGAUGACCAAUGGAGAGACUUUUCUGAAGGAAGGUCUGCAGGCAAGUGAAGGAUACUUUAGCCAAUCACAGGAGGAAGAAUUUGGCCAAUCAGAGGACUCGUCCACCAAACCAGCUCCAGUUCUUUAUAACAAACCUCCAGAGAUCGACAUCACCUGCUGGGACACAGAUCCGGUGGUCGACGAUGAAGACGACUGACCGGCCAAUCACAAGCUACCCUUCAAGAUCAAGAGGAAGUAGGAAGUGCGCUUCAUGAGAAAACUAAUUUUUUUCUAAAGAAAAAAAUGUAAAAAGUGAUAAUAACGUGAAGAGCAGUUGGUAGAGUAGCCACAGAAAAGAAACGUCUGUCUUCAUUUAUUUAUUCUUCCUUCUUUCUGCUCUGCACUCCACUUCCUUUGUCCACAUUAACUUAGCGCUGCUUCGAUUAGUCUGGUCUGUAGUUCUCCUAUGAUAAUAACAGCAGUAAUAACACAGUAAUAACUCUGUCUUCACACUCACCCGUGCACAGUCACUUAAUCUUGUAUUUACGUCACAUCAGCCGGGGAACUUUUAUUUAUUCCACUUGAACCUGAAUCCAGUUGGACUGUGGCUCCUUUUCAACUUUUUCACUCCUUUUGUAUGAUUUUAUGACUGAAUUCAAGAUUAAAUGGCUUCUAAAUCUAAA